CAAACGUGAAACGAAAACAAAAUAAGCAAAAAAUAAAUCUAUUCCGACAACAACAACAAAGGGCGUAAAAUGGGCACAUAAAUAGGCAAAAAUAAAAAAACAACAGCAACAAUAUCAACAACCGUUCGUAAAGCUUUAAGCAAAGCAGCUGAAGAAGAGGAAGCAGCGACUGCAGGAGAACAACCACCAAAUUGCAGCAACAAUUGUCAAGAGCCAAUUUCAAUUGUGAGUGCAAGCGAGUCGGCAAUAUGCGUCUAGACAGUGGCUCUUUGUCACGCCACUGGGCCAGGGGCGACUGUUCGCUGCUGCUGCUAUUGCUGGUGCAGCUAACGCUUUGGGCUGCGACGGCGACGGCGACGCCCGCGCAGGCACGUUUUAUUGCAAAAAGAGAAACCGCCCAGGCGAGGAAUAUGGGCGUGGAUGCCUAUUCAGCUGACCCUGACAUUGUUAAGCGGAACAGUGAAAGUGCGAACGGAUCGGAAAUAACAACAACAGCAACAUCAAUUUUGAACAAAACUUUGAUCGAACCUAUGUUAACAGCGCAAUUGCAGCUGAGUACAGCAACAACCACAACAGCAACCACAACGACGACUACAACAACAGAAGCGCCCAAGCAGCAAGCUCCGCUAACAAAUAAACAAAAGGCAGACAUAAGGCUGGUGACUGCAAACAGCAGCUCUACAGAGGGGCUACCUGUUAAUAUAGAGACUGUUCAGCUAACUCAGCAGCAAUCUAUAACUAACGGGAAUAACAGCAGUGCUAUAUUUACAUUAGCAGAGCAACAAAAUGCUGAAAAUGUUAAGCAACCAGUUAACAGUGGCAAGCAGCAGAGCUCACUGCAUAUAGCAACAGAGAGUGUAGAAAAGCAACAGAAUAAUAAAACAACAGAAACGCCGAUAACAGAAAUGCAGGAGCAGCUUAAGCCUGAAGGUCAACAAUUAAAAGACUUGACAACAACUACGUCAACAACAACAGCAGCAACGACUCAGCGUGGUGAUGAUCAUGGGCGUGCGAUGCAAUUUACAAGCAGCACUGAAAGCCUCGUUGCCCUCUUAGCUGUCACACCUAUGAAGCUGCGGGCGCUGCCCAUGACAACAACCACAACAACGCCAGAGUUGUUGGCAGCGCUGCUGCACGCUGGGGUCACUGUUAUGCCCAGUGCUUCGCAUGAAAAUGUUAUCGAAGAAGAGCAGCAAAAGCAACCCGAGAAACGUGCUAAGUUCAUCAGUGACAAUUCGACAAAUGCGCAACAGCUGACUUUGCCGAAUGCUGCGGAGGUGUGGAGCUUGGCUGCCAUGAAAGUGGUGCCAACAACAACACCAACAACUACAAUUACUACUACUACAACCACAAUAGCGCCCACAGAGCUGGGCAAUGAAGUAGAGCUACAACAACAGAACCAAACAGAGCAGCAUAAGGAGAAAAAUCUGCUAGACUGGCAACAGAUAAUGUUAAUGCAGACGAGCCAGGAGAAUCGCACAGAGCUAACGAUGAGCACAACUCUCGAUGCGACGGAGGCGGCAACACAGGCAACAACAUUAAAAUCGAAUGCUGUUUUGGGCGAGAAAGAGAUGGAGACAGCAGCUAAUAGCUCUGUAACAGCUGCCCCUGUUAAAGCCAAUACAACAGCGUCGGCGGAUGAGCCAGCCACAAUAACAUAUCACUUAACAGCACCAUUCUCUGCAAAGCCUGAUCUAGCUUUAGUAACAGCGACUGUUACUGCGCAGCCAGAGUUAACAGCUGCAACAAAACUCAAAUCAGAUAUUAUUAUGACCGAGGAGACAGCAACUGCGCAGCCAACAGAACUGGCAAAGCUUAGCUCAAAACCAGUCGAAGUAGAUGCAAUAAUAUCUGCGAAUACAACUGCUCAGCCAGCGUUAACACAACUGGCAAAGCUUACCUUAAAAUUAAAUGCAUCUGCACCCGCAGCAGCAGAGGAAGAAGAGUUACCAUUGAACGCCACAGUGCAGCCAACGUUAACAACGGCAGCAACAACAGAGGAGGCCACAACACAAGCAGCGACUACAGCUGUGCAGUCGGCGUCAACAGAGCAGACAAAGCUCGAUGCUGUUAGUGCAACAACAGAGCCUGCAAUAACAGUGGCGGCAACAACAAUAACAACAACGUCGGCAGAGCCAGAGACAGCUGCAAUAACGACACCUGCUGCUCCGCCAACAGCUGUGCCCGAGCUGCCAGCAACAACUACAACAGCAGCAACAACAACAACAACAACCACAACGACAACAACUGCUUUGCCAAGUGCGUUGAACGACACCCGCAAUGCGAGCGAAUUGGCAAUGAAAGCGACGGCACAUACAAAUAAUGAAAACGGCGAUAAAAGCAACAAUGUCGACAGCGAGAGCAGCAGCGACGACGACGUCAUCAACGUCUCCGUCGCCGUCUCAGCAGUCUCAACGACCGAGCGACAGCCAAUAACAGUUAGUAUGCGAACAGCUGGCGAAGUGAGCACAACGACGACGACGCAAACGUUAACGCCAACGUCAGCGCCGACGCCGACGCCGCGAAUUUUACUUGAGGAACAAUUAGCAAUAACAACAACAACUUUGGCAACGCCAACGCCAACGGAAAUUGUCCAAAUUAGCAAUGAAGUCAAUUUAGAAACAAUUACAGUUAAAAAUGUGACAAAAGACAAUAAUAAUUUAUUAAUUGAAAACAACAGUGACGGUAAACACAAUAACAGUGCAGUGCAGCCAAUCAAUAACAGUGCUGACAAUAUUCCAGCACUGCAAAUCAAUAAUAACAGCAGUGCCACUACAACAACAACAACGCCGCCGCUUUUAACAGAUCCAAAUUCAAAUAGUAAACUGAACGUACAGGAAAACUUGCUGGAAACUAAUAACAUCGGCGAAACUGUUGCAACAACAACAUCAACAACAGCAACACCUCCUACAAUUAACACUACUGUUAGCUCAGCAGGAACAACAGAGCCGGUUGCUGUUAAUGCGCUGGCAACAACUAUAGCACCUGCAGUUGCCGCAACCGUAGGGCUCUACAAUGUUGACGUUGAUGACAAUGAGGAUAACCGGCAACAAAUUGAACAUGAAAGCGUCACCGAGCAACAGUUGCUAAGUAAAACGAAAAUGGCGAACGCAACAACAACAGAAGCAGAAACAGAAGCAGCGCCAAGCACACAGGCGACAGCUACACAUAAGCCGCCAAUGACAUCAACUACCACAGAGGAGCCUUAUAUAAGUUUGCUGGACGACAGCACAACAACAACAACUACCACAACUACAACAACAACCAACCCCAGCCCAACAACAGCUAAGGCAGAAACAACAACAGAGCCCAUUUACAGCUCGAGCAGCGACAAACCCGUUAAAAUUAACAGCCACAAUAACAGUAUGCUGCCUGAUGAAUUAACCACCAGCACCCCUAUGUUAUUGCCGUCACAAUCGCCCACCGAUGUGAAUCACAAUAUGCAACAGCCGCACGGUAACACCGGCACGGAUGUUAACGUCAUAAUUGCCAUCACUGUUAGCGUGAUUGGCGUUGUAGCCCUCAUCCUUCUUGUUGCAUUCCUCUAUUUGAUGCGUAAGCGCCAAAAGCAGAUGUCCUACAGCCAACGCUGUCGCCCUGUGAGCCUCGACGCCUACUCCCUGGAUAAUGUAUCUGUGUUGGGCAGCGUGCGGCGCAAAGGACGCGAUUUGCGCGCUUCGAAGCGAACUUAUGGCAAUGCCGCCUUCGAUGAUCCUUCGCUGCGUCACAAUUUGCUGAGCGCGACGGAGCUGGGGAAGUUCCUGGAGAGGCGUUCGAGCAUCUUUGAGGAGUUCCGAGAUGUACCGCAGAUUAUUGCGAGGGCCGAUGAAGUGCCAGCUGGAUGUGAGGAUAAAAAUCGCUACGCUAACGUAAUUCCGCUUCCUGAGACUCGGGUUGUGCUUCAGCGCCAGGGUGAUGAUGACAAAACGGAAUACAUUAAUGCCAAUUAUGUGCGGGGACCUCGCGAUGCGCCCAACUAUUACAUUGCCUGCCAAGCGCCACUGGAGAGUACCACGGGCGACUUUUGGCGCAUGAUCUGGGAGCAGCAAUCCCGUGUCAUCGUUCAGGCGACUGAUCUCACCGAGAAUGGCAUAGAGCGUUGUGCCGAGUACUUGCCGCCAUCGGUUACCCUAGAUAAUCACAGCAGCUAUGGUGACUACCAGGUGACAUUGAAGCAUCGCGAAGUAAAGGAUAAGUACGCGAUCUCAACUCUAAUGCUGAAACGUGUCGAUGGCGCCGAAUGCCGUGAGCUGACCCACUACUGGUACAAAUGGCCCGAGGCUGGUGUACCCCUGGAUGAAGCGCCACUAAUUGCGAUGCUUCUGGAGGCACGCUCUUCCCUCAAGUCUUAUGCAUUGGAGCACGCCAAUGAGCUGAAGCAUGAGAAGUCGUCCACGCUGACACUUAAAUCACUAGAGGGGCAACAGGCGAAGGCAGAGGAGGCAAAGGCAACAGCUGCCCAGGAGGAAGCAUCCAGCACAUCAAGCAAUGAGAUUAAUGGCAAUGUGGCCAACAGGACGUCACGCAGUCAGCAGGGACCUCUAACCGUUCACUGCUCCCCAGGUACGGGCCGUACCGGCACGAUCAUAGCCUGUGACAUGGCUAUACGGAGUUUGGAGACACCAAAGCGUUCGGUCGAUAUUCCCCAAUUGGUGUACUAUGUACGUCGGGGUCGAGCCAGUGCUGUGCAGACCAAGGAGCAAUACGAAUUUAUCUAUAAGGUGGCCAACAUGUAUGCGACCAAAAUCACAAAUCUGUCAAAUGAUAACUGAGUGACUGUUCCAUACAGACAGUUGAGACCAUUUGAACAAGUCCUUAUAUAUAUUA